GGCAUAAUGGUCAAUUCUCCUUUGAUUAUUAGUUUCCAGUUCAGCUUCAAGACUAGACCACAUCUCUCUCUCUCCCCAUGGUGAAAAGAUAAAAUCAGAGGAAAUGGAGACUGAGAGAUCGAGAUUAAGCUUUUAGAUCUGCCUCUAAUAAACGAAAUUAGGGUUUUUAGUGGACAUGUCUGCUCCGUUUUAUUCUCCGAUUGAUAUGCAUCAAACUCUUCCUGGGUUUGACACUGAACCUGUCCCGCUCUCAACUUACCGAGAAGCCGAACCCGAUCCAUUCCACGCCACUCAGCAAGAGAAGGACGACUUCUGGGAGAACGGUUUCAACAGAGAAGAGCCAGAGCCGUCCUUUCAGGCCAAGGAAAAUGGAAAGAGAAGCGUAGACAAAAACAGCAGCUCCUUCACUCAUGGGGAAACCGAUCUCAACCAACUCCCAGCUAUCCCACAGUUUUCAACUGGUCAAGGUCCGCCUUACGCCCCUGUUGAUUGGCCAAGCCCCGGUGAUGUUUGGACUUGGAGAGUCGGUAGGAGAGUGACUGCUACUGGGUUUCAUCAAGACAGGUUCCUGAUUCUACCUCAGAGGCUUCAACACAAGAACGUUCCAAAGUCUUUCCCAAGCAAACCCACUCUUGCUCGUUACAUCCAGACGAGUUUCCCUGACAUGGAUGCUGAUGCUUUCUUUGCGUCGUUUAGCUGGAAGAUCCCUGCUCUCUUCCAGCCUUCAAACAAAGUUGAUGCUGCGUCUCUUUUUGAGGAGACACCGAAGGAAGUUCAGACUGAAGCUGCUCCGGAUGGUGAGAAUGCUAAAGAAGGAAACUCUAGGUACAGCCAGAGGAAGAGGAAUCCAAUGCCGACGUAUGACCCUGUGGAAGAACUUAAACCUAAACCAACUCCACGAGGUAGUGCCAACAAGAAGAAGAAAGGAGCCACAACUCCUGCCACUGGAACUCAAUCCUCCACCAAACCGAAAGCAUCUCGGCAAUCCGGGAGACGCUCUUCCAACCAGCAGAACGGUGGCGCUGUGGACUUAAACAACCUGAACGAGGAAGGUGAACCAAACACUAGUGGCAGGAGAAAGAAACGCAGAGCUAACUUUGAGGAAGAAGAAGAUGUUUCUAUCCCUCACAUCUAUGUCUCUCCUAUGAACGGUGUCCUCGCGGUCUCGCACGAGCCUAUCGAUGUUGACCCUGUAGAGUUUGACAGCUACCUGAACUCUCUUGAGAACCUUCUUCAUGAGAGUCAAGAAGACGCUGGGAGAGGGUCUUCCUCUGUUCUCGUUAGUGCAAGCUCUCCAAUGAGAGAGUACGAAUGGGCUGAAGCUAGAAUGAAGAUCUCUUCUCUACUUGAGAAAGAUUUGCCCACUUUGUUCGGCUCCAAGGAUGCUGCAGAGAUAGCAGCGUUAGCAACUAAACUGAGGAAAGAUCCAAACCUAUCCGCUGAAGAGAUAGUGAGGCUGAAGCUUAUCGAAGAGAUUCCAACGUUCAGUGAAGUCUUCCAGGAGAACAAAAGUGUGAUUGAAGAAGCAGACUGGUUCUUCUCUGCGCUAGAGCUCAACAAAGCUAAAGUAGCGUCGCUUAAAUACGAGUACAGCGAUCUGAGGCACAAGCUUGGGAGCAUACAGAUGGAAGUGGAUGAAAACGCUGAGGCAAUCCGCCAGAUUGAUGACCAGAUUGCUCAGCUUCAAGCUAGAAGGGAUGAGCUGAAGCGGUACAUAGGGAGCAGGGAGAAAGAGAAGGUUGAUCUUAGCUAUGGGCAGAAGAUGGUGGCGAACUCGAUACCUAAAGUGGUGCAGGAAGUUCAGGCAGCUAACUCGAAGAAGCAUGAAUGGGAAUGCAAGAAGGAUAAUGCACUUAAGCGUGAAGCAGAGAUCCUCUCUAAGUUCACUCCUCUUAAAGGCUUCUUCCUCUGAUGAAAUCAAAUCUGGCCUCAAAGUUUAGCCAGUCUCGUUGUAUUAUUAUGUAGCGGCUUUUUUUUUUCCUCUUUGUGGGGUUUUAAUGUUGCAGACUGUAAACCUGUUUUACGCUUGGAGUUUUAUUUAUUUAUUAUUAUCUCACGUAUGUUUAA